UUACCACAGAUAUUGGGAUGUCAGGGUAGGAACAAAUCAUAAAGGAGGCUUGAAAACAAAUACCCGGUACCUGGAACAAUUUUAUAUGGGUGGGUUAGGACACAAGUUGAAUUAGGAGGAAGUUGUUGUUGACACAGUGUGCCCUGUAAUGUGUGUCUUUAUUGACUUGGGUACCUCAAUGCAGUAUUUAUAGAUCCCAAAUAAGUUGAUGAUUAGAUAGAGAUGAAUCAAUAUAAAGCGAUAAAUACAUAGUCACAUGACUAACUCAUCCAGCAAGCUCUGUCACAUGAAAUUGCACAGUGUGUAUAGGUAGAUGAAAGAUUUAAGCGGAGCUCUUUGACUUGGGAUUUAGGCGAGGAUAUGAAUGCAUGGGUAACAAUGUGGUACGUACAAAGUGUUUUACGCGUGGACGCCAGACUUCCUCUUUUCUCUUGGAAAUUCAAAAGGGAGAGGGGGAGGAUGUUUAUGAAUUCAUGCUUGUCACUAUUGUAAGGUUUCAGAGUCGCCGCUCCAAAAUGGCCACUGUUGGAGAGCAGACCCCCAUUGUGAGCAAUCACACCAGGGAUAAGGCAACAAAGGCCAAGGUCACUCUGGAAAAUUACUACUCCAAUCUAGUGUCUCAGCAUGAAGAGCGAGAGAACAGGUACCGCCUUUUGGAGCAGUCGAUGGCCACUGACGGCCUCUCAGAAGAACAGAAACUGGAGAGGCGACAGCAGCAUGCUACCAAAGAAACAGAGUUCUUGAGGUUGAAAAGGUCAAGGUUAGGGGUAGAAGAUUUUGAGCCAAUCAAAGCUAUCGGAAGAGGAGCUUUUGGAGAGGUUCGUCUUGUUCAGAAGAAAGACACAGGUCAUGUUUACGCCAUGAAGAUUCUCAGGAAAGCAGAUAUGGUUGAAAAAGAUCAAAUUGCUCAUGUACGAGCCGAGAGAGACAUCCUGGUAGAGGCUGACCAUCAGUGGGUAGUCAAAAUGUAUUAUUCCUUCCAGGAUCAGCAGAAUCUAUACCUUAUCAUGGAGUUUUUACCAGGAGGCGACAUGAUGACGCUGCUGAUGAAGAAGGACACACUGACAGAGGAACAGACUCAGUUUUAUAUCUCUGAGACAGUGUUAGCCAUAGACUCUAUACACAACCUUGGCUUUAUCCAUAGGGACAUUAAACCUGAUAACUUACUACUAGAUGCCAAGGGACAUAUCAAACUCUCAGACUUUGGCCUUUGUACAGGCCUCAAGAAAUCUCAUAGAACAGACUACUACAAAGAUCUCAAAAAUGCCAAAGCUGGGGACUUCAGUUCAAAUCCAAUGGAUUCCAAACGCAGGGCUGAAAGUUGGAAGCGAAAUAGAAGGCAGUUGGCCUAUUCCACAGUAGGAACACCUGAUUACAUUGCUCCAGAAGUUUUCAUGCAGACCGGUUACAACAGCAGCUGUGAUUGGUGGUCUCUAGGAGUCAUCAUGUACGAAAUGUUAAUAGGUUAUCCUCCAUUUUGUUCUGAAAAUCCACAAGAAACUUACAGAAAAGUGAUGAACUGGAGAGAGACACUAGUUUUUCCGCCCGAGAUGCCAAUUUCCAAUGAAGCUAGGGAUUUAAUUCAAAGGUUUUGUUGUGAUUCAGACCACAGGAUAGGUGCUAGUAAUCCCGAUGAAAUCAAGUCCCAUGUUUUCUUUAAAGGAGUAGAUUGGAAGCACAUAAGAGACAGACCUGCUGCCAUUACUGUGGAGGUAAAGAGCAUUGAUGACACGUCCAAUUUUGAUGAAUUCCCAGAUAUCGAUCUCAAGUGGCCUGCAAACAAAGAUGGGUCCCCACAUCAGGGAGCAAAUCAUUCCACAAAGGAGGUUGAUCCCAAAUACAAAGACUGGGUGUUCAUAAACUAUACGUACAAACGAUUCGAAGGACUCACACAAAGGGGGCGCCAGCCCUUCCCCAACACGUAGGCAUUGCCUGACCCCCUAGAACAAUGGCACUGUAGUUAUGUACUCCAGGGAAUUGUGAAAUCUCUCGCGUCAUCGGCUCCUCCAGACAGCGGACACUCUGUGAUAUGUGUGAGAAGGAGCCGGUUACAUUUGCCUGUUUCUGCAGCUUUCACUGUAAUAGGAGGCCACUAUUUAAUGUUGACAGAAGGGAUCUGUUUUAGAGGGAAUAUGUUAUUAUUAUUUUUCUGACAGGAGCUUCAUCUGUUUUUGUUAUGGUUCUUUUUUUUCUUCACAAAAUCAACAAUGAAAUGUUAAUUUAAUAUAGGAGUUACAGUUUUAAUGUUGUUUACUGUCAUAUGUAGUUAGCUUGAUUUUUUUUUCAUUUUUUUUUUCUUUUAUUAUUCCAAAACAUGAGACAAAGAUGAAAUAUUUCAACGACUGUUGGAAUUGGAUGUAAUAUAUGUAGAGUGAGCACAAAGAAUUCAACAAUCCUUCCUUCUUGACAAUUUAUAACCUACCUGAAUUGUAAUGGUUAAUGCAAACAACAUUAUUAUAAGACAUUAUCUGUAAAAUAAUGAAAAAGACUGAUACCAAGCUUUUAGUUUAUAUGUGCAUUUUAUUCCAAAGAUUGCUUAGUGUGUUAAAUCUGUGAAACAUGCAAAUUCUUGCUUCAUUGUGGUACAAUAUCACCAAGUUAUUGACUAAAUCUUGUUGAAGAGUUUGACCUUUGAUUGCAAAAUACAUUCCAUAGUUAUCUUUAUUUAUUAUGAUGUGAAACCAGUUUUUAAUUUCACUUUUACCAAUUCUUUUUAAAAUAACAAUCCUGAGAUAUUUGUUCAAAGGAUAAGAGUUUGAUAGAAAGUAAGGUCUUGUGUGGUGAAACUUGUCAGAAUUUUUUUUAAAAGUGCAGCUGUCUUGCAGUAUUCCAAUCAAGUUUUCCCUGAAGCCACUAACAUGAAAAUCAAUUGUUGUUCAUGGAUUAACAAAACAUUGGCUAGUGCUCAUCUUUUUUGUUACUUAUGUAUGUUUUUGUAGUAAUUUCAUUCACAUUGGUAAUCUGCUUUAUUUAAUUGUCUGACUCGGGUGAGAUCCAUUUUCUGUAGAAAGAUGCUCUUUGGUCACAACUUAAAGAAUAUCUUGUUAAACAUGACAGAACAUUUUGGUUUUUAUUUAUACUUAUUUCAGUUUUUUAACUGUCGCAUACAUUGUAUGUAUGAGAAUUUGAUUAUCUGUCAAACAAUGUUUAUGUGUUGACUGAAAUACUUUUGUUGUUGUUCUAAAGCAGGAGAAUUUUUCCAUCAUAUUUACAAAAAAUACAUUUUGAGGAAAGUUCAAGCAAUAAUUUGAAUCCUCUUCCAUAUUUACUUGUUAUUAACUGUUGGUCCUUUAAUCACCCUCACUCCUUUAUCAAUCUACAAAUCAAAAGUUCCACAUUGGUCCUCUCAGCAUUUAACCUGAUUACUUAAUAACAAUAGCUGCAUUUAUUUUUACAAUGUAGCAGUUCGUAAAACAUGAAAAUGCUUUUCACAGAAAUUAUUGCAAAAGCUUGUUCUUAAAUUGCCGAAGAGCAUAUUGAAAAGAAAUACUCUGCAACAGACUUGUAUUUUUAAAAAAAUGAUUUUUGUAUCAACAGUGGUAAUAGGGUUAAUACAGUAUGUAGUUCAGUUUUAGUGACCAGAGCAAUUGAUUUUUGUUGCUAUGCAACAUAUGGUAUAUAUACCAAUUCUAUAGAUUUAUUGCUUUAACUUCUUUUUUUUUUAAAUUAUUAAUUUGAAAAAUCUCACCUAUGCUUCAAAUAAAAAGGAAAAUGGCAGUUAGAAUUGGCCCGGGUUAUUAGAUUAUAGAAAGGACUGGGAUAAUGUGCACUUUUAUGAACAGCAUAGCUAAAAAUAUCCCUAACCUGUUAUAUGCUCCAAAAUCCUGGGUUCAUCUUUUCGUUCCUUGAUAGCAUCAUGUGGAUGAUGUACCAUGAAUGUAGUCAACAUCUAUCAGUUUUUUAGUUUGUAUUUGUUGGGGUGAUAACGUAGUUAUCAAGAACUUGCAUAAGUUCUUUCAUAUCAUUUAAUUACUUUUUGCUAGCGAUAUUAAUAUUAAGCAUUGUUUUGAUAUUUAUGAUGUUUUACGACAAGAGUGCAAGUGCUUUGGUGAAAUAGGUUAUGUAUGCAAGUCGUGUGAUACAAUUGUUGAUUUUUAAAAUUAUUUAUAAUUGUUUGAUGCUGAUUGAAAAUAUCUAGCAUGAUUAAGCUUAUUGACACAAAAUGAACGAGGGACAAUAGAAUGAGUAAAUGUUGGGUGCCUAUUCCAGGACAUAUAUAGAUGUUAUAGGAACCUACGUACUACAUGUACUUGCAUUCAUUUUGAUAUAUUCCUCUUAAUUUACCUAUCUUUUUUUUCUACCUCAUGUAAUACAUGUACAUUUACAGAUUGAAAAUAUCAAUUGUAAGCUAUUUAUUAUCUACAUGUACUACAAUAGGUACAUCUAAUGACAUACACAUAAACAUAUGUAGUAUGUAGAGUCUUCAACCCAAAAAAAAGUGGAAAAAAGAAGAAUUCAAAUUCUAUCCAGUUCAUUUUUGAAAUGCUAAGUGUCAAUGUUGAAAUAUUUUGGUGCCAUAGCAUUUGUUUAGUUCUGUCAUAUUUGCUGUGAUGUCUUUUUUUUAUGUCAAUUAUUUAAACUCCCAAGAAUUUGGAAAAAAAAUCAAUUUGAAUGUUUGAUUGCAGUCAUGGUAGCAAUAAUUCUCAACUAUAGUAAACGACAACAACAAACUGCUCCCACACUUAAAGUUCAGAGUGUAAAGUUCACCAAGGAUGUGUCAGUCACUGUGAUAUAUAUAUAUAAAUAUAUAGAAUUGUCCUCAUAUGGUGGAUGUUGACAAUAAAAAAAAAUACCAACAAUAA